AUGGAGAGGCACUCAGGAGCAAGAGCUUCAAAAAAACUAUUUCAGCUGCAGAGUGGCUUGCAGCACCUCAGUGAUACUCUUCCAGAGAUGUAUGACCUCAUUAAUCGAGCGGAAUGGAGAAGCCACAAAGAUGGUGUGACCGAGCUCCUUCCAAAACUCAAGGACACAGUUUACAAUGUUGAAGAUCUUCUUGAUGAGCUCAGAUGGUACAACCAUAAGGUGAUAGUGGAGGGAAAUGCAAGGCAGUCAUCUUUUACGGACUUCUUUAAUAGCUUUACCAGUGUGAAUGAUAUCCAAAAACGGUUGGAUCUUAUUUCCAAUCACCUAGAGAAGAAGGGGUUGGGUGAAGUGACACCGCGUUUUGAGAAAACAGUCAGGCCAGAAACUAGCUCUUUUCGCAGUGAAACAAAAAUAUUUGGUCGUGACAUGGUGCUAGAGCAGAUCUUGGGACUGCUCAUGCCUACACAUAGUAGCACUCAUUCAAAACGCAAGAGGGAAACUAGUGUACAUGAACCAAGAUUACCAGAGCUUCCAGUUUUGCCAAUAGUUGGAAUUGGGGGUGUUGGAAAGACCACUUUGGCCCAGCAUAUUUGUAGUCAUCCAAAGGUAAAGUCUCACUUUGACACAAUAAUUUGGAUUUGUGUCUCAGAUGAUUUCGAUGAGAAGAGGCUGACUAAAGAGGCUAUAGAAUCAUUUUUUGGUAAAGAGGCAACGACUAAAAAUCUGAAUUCUCUCCAGCAUGCUCUUUCUAACACACUAGAAAAUAGAAAGUUCUUGAUUGUCCUCGAUGAUUUGUGGGAUGAUGCUCUCAAGGAAAACGGCCAGUGCUGGAAGAGAUUUUGUGGACCUCUGAAAAAUGUGGUACGUGGAAGUAUGAUGUUAGUCACCACAAGAUCUCCAAAGGUUGUUGAUUUAGUGCACACUAUGGGGCCCAUUAUACUAGAAGGCUUAAAGGACGAUGUCUUUUGGAAUUUCUUCAAACUAUGCGUGUUUGGGUCUGAGAGUUCUGACAAUUUUCCAGAGUUAGAGCACAUUGGUAGAGAGAUACUUCCUAAGUUGAAGGGCUCCCCUUUAGCCGCUAAAACUCUUGGACGCAUGUUACGACAUGACCUUCAUACAUCACAUUGGAAUAAUAUACUAAAGAGUGAACUGUGGGAGUUGGACCAAGAGAUGACCGAAAUUUUGCCAGCCCUUCGGUUGAGCUACAUGUAUUUACCAUUCCACUUGAAGAGAUGCUUUUCAUUCUGUGCUGUGUACCCCAAAGAUAAGGAGUUUGAAAAGGGCCAUUUAGCUGAAAUUUGGGUAGCAGAAGGCUUUGUGAAACGUCAAGGUGUUAUUCCAGUUCAAGAAAUUGGCUCUCAAUACUUUAAUGACCUAUUAAGUCGAUCCUUCUUUCAAGAAGUUCAAGGAAAAUACUUAAUCCAUGACUUGUUGCAUGAUAUGGCACAAAAAGUUUCAGAGGAUGACUGUUUCAUCGUGAAAAACAAGGAUGACAUCGAAAGAAUUCCUCAUAAUGUUCGCCAUUUGUCAGUACUAUCUAGCACAGACAUCAGCAAUUUCCACUUAUUGAGCCUUCGCAAGUGCAAAAAGCUACGUACCAUUCUCUGCAACAAAUCUUUAGCAAAUAAAAAAAUUCCAGCUAGUUUGAUGGAUGCUUGGUGCAGUGAACUUACGCGUAUGCGCGUGAUUGUUUGUGCCUCCAUUAAUGAGUUACCAGCUAGCAUUGCCAAAUUGAAGCAUCUUCGGUACAUUGAGGUAUCCAGAACGUGUUCUAUCACCACUCUUCCAGCAACGAUUUGUAGGCUCCACAAUAUACAGGUCAUAUGUGUUAAGAAAUGCAAGCUAGAAAGCUUGCCUAGUGACUUCAGUAUGUUGGUCAACCUUUGGAGAUUUGAAUCGCAGGGAUUUAAAUAUGGUCCAAAUAUUAGAUCUCGAAAAGAAGAAUCUUAUUAUGGAGUAAAUCUUGAUGCAGCCAAAGAUGAGCAGGGACUAGGGUGUAGAUUCAUAAAGAAUAUGAAGCACCUUCGCGGACAUUUGGAGAUAAAUAAUGUUGACAAGCUAAGAAAUGAUCAUCCAGCAGAAGCCGAACUCAAAAAUAAGGAAUGUCUUGACAAGCUGACGUUGCAAUGGUCUUACUUGGAUAGAUAUGGGGAUAAUAAAUUCAUCGACACUUCUGUCAGUGAGGAAAACGAGAUAGAAGUCCUCCCAGAUUUAAAACCUCCUGCUGGUGUCAAGUCUCUAGUCCUUGUUGGUUUGAGCCACAAAGCUUGCCAAGCAUAA